GCGAAACAUCGUCACCUCCAUCUCAAGCUGGGGAAAACAAUCCACCACCUCAACGCCAUCGACGCCUCGCACCCACGCCCCACGGCCGCGAACCUUCACGGCAGACAUUGUGCGACCCAUCCACGCUAUUCUGAACAACUCAGCUUCAUUCCAAGAUGGCUGCCAGAGGCCCAGCAGGCACCCGCGGAGGGAGCACUCGAUUUGCACAGUUCAAGCUUGUAUUACUGGGAGAAUCUGCGGUUGGAAAGAGUUCACUUGUACUCCGGUUUGUUAAGGACCAAUUCGAUGACUUCAGAGAAUCAACCAUCGGUGCUGCCUUCUUAACCCAAACGAUAUCCCUCGACGACAAUACAACCGUGAAGUUCGAGAUAUGGGACACUGCUGGCCAGGAGCGAUACAAGUCUCUCGCACCCAUGUACUACCGAAACGCCAACUGUGCUGUUGUGGUCUACGAUAUUACGCAAGCUUCAUCUCUGGAUAAGGCAAAGCAAUGGGUAAAGGAACUUCAACGACAAGCCAACGAAAAUAUCAUCAUUGCUCUUGCUGGCAACAAGCUCGAUUUGGUCGCCAGCCAUCCGGAUAAGCGCGCGAUUCAGACCGCGGAUGCCGAGGCAUAUGCGAGGGAGGCAGGACUCUUAUUCUUCGAGACCUCAGCGAAGACAUCAGAGAAUGUUAGAGAAUUAUUUACGUCGAUUGCGAAGAAACUUCCCUUAGACCAGGCUGGGCCGAGAAAUCCAAGAGCCGGAGGACGAGGCGGUGUUGAGUUAAGGAGCGAAGCGCCAGGAACGAACGCAAACGGCGGCCCCUGUGGCUGUUAGGGGAAUAUGUUGGAGAUGUUGGACAAGGAGAAUACAGGCAGAGGAGGCAUUAAACAAGUCGAGGUUCAGCUGUCUUUACGGCCUUUCAUAUGAACAACUCGCCUCGGACACAGCUGCUCUUUCGUGUUCGGGGCAUCAACAUAGAUGCGGUCAUUCGGACCACUUACUGGAGCAGUCUUUAAUACCUUGGGGUGUCUUUGUUCUGGAAGCAGGAUCGGCAGCGGUAUGCUUUUCCUGCAUAUGGCGUGAGAGGCAAUUUUUUAUUUACAGUACUUCUUCUGCGGCAUUUCUGGGUGUACGAUAUGCAAUAGAACGCAUUAAAUCACUUUGGAAUACGGAACUAUGAAAAUGAAAUGUGAAAGUAUACUGCUACAGGAUUUGAG